ACAGAAAGUGAGGCUGGUGAUAUGGACUUGAGUGGAUUACCAGAAAUGGUGGACUCUGAGGAGGACGACAACAACGAGGAGGACAUCAAGAGGGCCUGGGACUGGCUAAUGAGCAGGGACAUUGUGCAGGACUCUCUGGAGAAUGAUUGGAUUAACAGGACCGACGACAUUGAACAACUCCUGGAAUUCAUGCACCAGCUGCCUGCCUUUGUGAACAUGACGAUGUCGGUGCGGCGAAAGCUCUGUGUUGUCAUGGUAUGUGCUGUGGUGGAGAGAGCAGGGACCAUCGCUAAUGAUGGUGAAGAGCUGGACUCCUGGUCUGUGAUUAUCAGUGGUUCUGUGGAAGUGACUUAGCCAAAUGGAAAAGCAGAAAUACUGUGCAUGGGAAAUAGUUUUGGAGUCAAAGAGUACAAGAAAUGAGGGAUGAGAAUGAAGGUGGAUGACUGCCAGUUUGUCUGCAUCGCGCAGCAAGAUUAUUGCCGUAUCCUCAACCAAGUGGAGAAGAACAUGCAGAAAGUCGAAGAGGAGGGAGAGAUCAUCAUGGUAACAGAGCACCGAGAGCUUGACCGGACCGGAACCAGGAAGGGCCACAUUGUCAUCAAGGGCACCUCCGAGAGGCUGAUGAUGCAUCUGGUGGAGGAGCACUCGGUGGUGGAUCCAACCUUCAUAGAGGACUUCCUGCUGACCUACCGGACAUUCCUGUCUAGCCCAAUGGAAGUGGGCAAGAAGUUGCUGGAGUGGUUUAACGACCCGACCCUCAGGGAUAAGGUGACACGGGUAUUCCUGCUGUGGGUGAACAAUCACUUCACUGACUUUGAAGGAGACCCUGCAAUGACUGGAUUUCUAGAAGAGUUUGAAAAUAACAUGGAAAGAGAGAAAAUGGGUGGCCACCUCAAGCUGUUGAACCUGGCCUGUGCUGCGAAAGCCAAACGAAGGCUGAUGACUCUGACCAAGCCGUGCCGAGAGGCCCCGCUGCCCUUCCUCUUGCUCGGUGGCUCUGAGAAGGGCUUUGGGAUCUUCGUGGACAGCGUGGACCCCGGCAGCAAAGCGGCCGAGGCCGGCUUGAAGCGUGGCGAUCAGAUAUUAGAAGUAAAUGGUCAAAACUUUGAAAAUAUCCAGCUGUCAAAAGCCAUGGAAAUUCUUAGAAAUAAUACACAUCUGUCUAUCACUGUGAAAACAAAUUUAUUUGUAUUUAAAGACCUACUACCAAGAUUGUCAGAAGAGAAGAGAAAUGGUGCCCCACACCUCCCUAAAAUCAGAGACAUCAAGAAGGCCAGCUGCUGCUCCAUCCUGGACCUGGCCGUGGACGUGGAGCAGGUGAUCGGCCUGGAGAAGGUGAACAAGAAGAGCCAAGCCAACACGGUGGGAAGGAGGAGCAAGCUAAAGAAGAUCCUCAACAAGACCCGGAUCAGCGUCUUACCUCAGAGACCAUACAAGGAUAUUGGGAUCUGUCAGCCCCAGGACCACAGCACUGUGGGGCUGCAGCAGACAAACCACAUCCCAGCCUCUCUACCUGUCAGCGAGACCUUGUCCUCCAGCAAACCCGACCUGCUGCAGUCACAUCAUAGCAUCCUGGACUUCUGUGCCACUCCUGACUUUCCAGAUCAAGUGCUGAGGGUUUUUAAGGCUGAUCAGCAGAGCCGAUAUAUCAUGAUCAGUAAGGACACCACGGCGAAGGAAGUGGUCAUCCAGGCCAUCAGGGAGUUUGCCAUCACUGCCACCCCGGAUCAGUACUCGCUGUGUGAGGUCUCCGUCACCCUGGAGGGUGUCAUCAAACAAAGGUGCCUUCCAGACCAGCUCUGCAAACUUGCUGACAGAAUACAGCUGAGUGGAAGGUACUACUUGAAAAACAACAUGGAGACAAAGAUGCUGUGCUCAGACAAGGACGCGCAGGAGCUGCUACGCAAGAGCCAGAUUUCCCUGCUGCAGCUCAGCCCCACUGAAGUCUCCAAGCAGCUCUCCAUGCGCAACUUCGAGCUCUUCCGGAACAUCGAGCCCACCGAGUACAUCGAUGACCUGUUCAAGCUGAGGUCCAAAACCAGCUGUGCCAACCUAAAGAUGUUCGAGGAGGUCAUCAACCAGGAGACCUUCUGGGUGGCCUCAGAGAUUCUCAGGGAGACAAACCAACUGAAGAGGAUGAAGAUCAUUAAGCAUUUCAUCAAGAUAGCGCUGCACUGCAGGGAGUGCAAGAACUUCAACUCCAUGUUCACCAUCAUCAGUGGCCUGAACCUGGCACCAGUGGCAAGACUUCGGACCACCUGGGAAAAACUUCCCAAUAAAUAUGAAAAGCUGUUUCAGGAUCUCCAAGACCUGUUUGAUCCUUCCAGAAACAUGGCCAAGUACCGCAAUGUCCUCAACAGUCAGAACCUGCAGCCCCCCAUCAUCCCCCUGUUCCCAAUCAUCAAGAAGGAUCUCACCUUCCUGCACGAAGGAAAUGACUCAAAAGUAGAUGGACUGGUCAACUUUGAGAAGCUCAGGAUGAUUGCCAAGGAAAUUCGUCACGUGGGCCGCAUGGCCUCAGUAAACAUGGACCCGGCCCUCAUGUUCAGGACUCGGAAGAAGAAGUGGCGCAGUCUGGGGUCCCUCAGCCAGGGCAGCACAAACGCAGUGGUGCUGGAUGUUGCCCAGACAGGCGGGCACAAGAAGCGGGUGUGCCGCAGUUCCUUCCUCAAUGCCAAGAAGCUCUACAAGGACACCCAGAUGGCUCGCAAAGUGAAGCAGUACCUGUCCAACCUGGAGCUCGAGAUGGACGAGAAGAGCCUGCAGAUGCUGUCGCUGCAGUGUGAGCCAGCGACCAGCACUCUGCCUAAGCACCCUGGUGACAAAAGGCCCCUCAAGUCUGAGACCUCCCAGGUGGCGCCCAGGGCAGAGUGCCAGCAGAAGGCUCAGCCGCAGCCCCUGCCAAAGCCACAGCCAGUGCAGAAGCUUGGCCAGGGCCUGCAGGUGACCGCCAUGUCCCUCUACCCGUCCCCAAGGAAGAUGCCUGUCAAGGAACUCCCGCCCUUCGGCAUAAACUCUCCGCAAGCUUUAAAGAAGAUCCUCUCGCUGUCUGAAGAAGGCAGUCUGGAGCGCCACCCAAAGCAGGCGGAGGACAUGCUGUCCAGCGCGUCCUCCAAGCUCUUGUCUUCACCCACAUCCCCGCAGAGCUCGCCCAGGAAAGGUUACACCCUGGCCCCCAGCUGGAGCGUGGACAACUUCUCCGACUCUGGCCCCAGCGAGAUCUCCUCUAGGUCCGGUAUGGUCAGAAACUCCUCCUUGGACUCGGUGCCCAUGGCCCUGCAGGAGGAGCGGAGGCAGCAGCACUCCGUGAGCCUGGUGGAGAUCGGCCUGGGCGUUGUCAGGGCAGAGCAGCAGACAGUGCUAGAGCCAGACCAGUACAGCCUGGGGUCCUAUGCAGCCAUGGCCCUGGCCCAGGACGUGUUUGCCACAGCCAUGGUGCUCUCGCAGGACCAGGGCUAUUGCACGUCCCUGGAUGCCGCCAACAGUGGCCAUGGGAGCUGGACCUCAUGCUCCAGUGACUCGCACAACAACAUCCAGACCAUCCAGCACCUGAGGAGCUGGGAGACCCCACUGUUCGGGCCUGUGCUCUGCGAUUACCCCGGGGACCCCAUGGGGCCCUGGGCCAACAGGGGCCACCUGGACCACUUGAUUUUUGCCGAGGAUGGCCAGAAGGGCGACAGACAGAACCCAAUCGAAGAAAGCCUGGAGCAGGCGCAGUCCAGGGCCCGCUGGGCCUCUCCCACUGGCUCCAAGGACAUGUCCCUUGAGGCCGAGAAUGGCAGCAGCCUGGCGCCCGCGCCCACAGAGGAGCCCAAGGCUGGCCCUGUGCCAGCCCUCAGGGUGGCCACCUCGAGCGCUACCAAGGGGCUGGUCGGCAUAAACUCUCCGCAAGCUUUAAAGAAGAUCCUCUCGCUGUCUGAAGAAGGCAGUCUGGAGCGCCACCCAAAGCAGGCGGAGGACAUGCUGUCCAGCGCGUCCUCCAAGCACUUGUCUUCACCCACAUCCCCGCAGAGCUCGCCCAGGAAAGUGAGCGUCCUGCAUUUCUGCUUGGCUUUUCUUCCAUCAUGUGAGGUCUCCCAUGUGUUUGCAGGUUACACCCUGGCCCCCAGCUGGAGCGUGGACAACUUCUCCGACUCUGGCCCCAGCGAGAUCUCCUCUAGGUCCGGUAUGGUCAGAAACUCCUCCUUGGACUCGGUGCCCAUGGCCCUGCAGGAGGAGCGGAGGCAGCAGCACUCCGUGAGCCUGGUGGAGAUCGGCCUGGGCGUUGUCAGGGCAGAGCAGCAGACAGUGCUAGAGCCAGACCAGUACAGCCUGGGGUCCUAUGCAGCCAUGGCCCUGGCCCAGGACGUGUUUGCCACAGCCAUGGUGCUCUCGCAGGACCAGGGCUAUUGCACGUCCCUGGAUGCCGCCAACAGUGGCCAUGGGAGCUGGACCUCAUGCUCCAGUGACUCGCACAACAACAUCCAGACCAUCCAGCACCUGAGGAGCUGGGAGACCCCACUGUUCGGGCCUGUGCUCUGCGAUUACCCCGGGGACCCCAUGGGGCCCUGGGCCAACAGGGGCCACCUGGACCACUUGAUUUUUGCCGAGGAUGGCCAGAAGGGCGACAGACAGAACCCAAUCGAAGAAAGCCUGGAGCAGGCGCAGUCCAGGGCCCGCUGGGCCUCUCCCACUGGCUCCAAGGACAUGUCCCUUGAGGCCGAGAAUGGCAGCAGCCUGGCGCCCGCGCCCACAGAGGAGCCCAAGGCUGGCCCUGUGCCAGCCCUCAGGGUGGCCACCUCGAGCGCUACCAAGGGGCUGGUCGGCAUAAACUCUCCGCAAGCUUUAAAGAAGAUCCUCUCGCUGUCUGAAGAAGGCAGUCUGGAGCGCCACCCAAAGCAGGCGGAGGACAUGCUGUCCAGCGCGUCCUCCAAGCUCUUGUCUUCACCCACAUCCCCGCAGAGCUCGCCCAGGAAAGGUUACACCCUGGCCCCCAGCUGGAGCGUGGACAACUUCUCCGACUCUGGCCCCAGCGAGAUCUCCUCUAGGUCCGGUAUGGUCAGAAACUCCUCCUUGGACUCGGUGCCCAUGGCCCUGCAGGAGGAGCGGAGGCAGCAGCACUCCGUGAGCCUGGUGGAGAUCGGCCUGGGCGUUGUCAGGGCAGAGCAGCAGACAGGCCCCAUGGGACAACCCCAUCCUGGACCCUCCUUGAGUACUCGUGGCUCCUUCUCCACAAACCAUGCCGACCUCCUGGCCCUCGUGGACCUGCGGACUGCCCUGUCCCCUACCACAGAGUCCUAUGCAGCCAUGGCCCUGGCCCAGGACGUGUUUGCCACAGCCAUGGUGCUCUCGCAGGACCAGGGCUAUUGCACGUCCCUGGAUGCCGCCAACAGUGGCCAUGGGAGCUGGACCUCAUGCUCCAGUGACUCGCACAACAACAUCCAGACCAUCCAGCACCUGAGGAGCUGUGAGACCCCACUGUUCGGGCCUGUGCUCUGCGAUUACCCCGGGGACCCCAUGGGGCCCUGGGCCAACAGGGGCCACCUGGACCACUUGAUUUUUGCCGAGGAUGGCCAGAAGGGCGACAGACAGAACCCAAUCGAAGAAAGCCUGGAGCAGGCGCAGUCCAGGGCCCGCUGGGCCUCUCCCACUGGCUCCAAGGACAUGUCCCUUGAGGCCGAGAAUGGCAGCAGCCUGGCGCCCGCGCCCACAGAGGAGCCCAAGGCUGGCCCUGUGCCAGCCCUCAGGGUGGCCACCUCGAGCGCUACCAAGGGGCUGGUCGGCAUAAACUCUCCGCAAGCUUUAAAGAAGAUCCUCUCGCUGUCUGAAGAAGGCAGUCUGGAGCGCCACCCAAAGCAGGCGGAGGACAUGCUGUCCAGCGCGUCCUCCAAGCUCUUGUCUUCACCCACAUCCCCCCAGAGCUCGCCCAAGAAAGGUUACACCCUGGCCCCCAGCUGGAGCGUGGACAACUUCUCCGACUCUGGCCCCAGCGAGAUCUCCUCUAGGUCCGGUAUGGUCAGAAACUCCUCCUUGGACUCGGUGCCCAUGGCCCUGCAGGAGGAGCGGAGGCAGCAGCACUCCGUGAGCCUGGUGGAGAUCGGCCUGGGCGUUGUCAGGGCAGAGCAGCAGACAGGCCCCAUGGGACAACCCCAUCCUGGACCCUCCUUGAGUACUCGUGGCUCCUUCUCCACAAACCAUGCCGACCUCCUGGCCCUCGUGGACCUGCGGACUGCCCUGUCCCCUACCACAGAGUCCUAUGCAGCCAUGGCCCUGGCCCAGGACGUGUUUGCCACAGCCAUGGUGCUCUCGCAGGACCAGGGCUAUUGCACGUCCCUGGAUGCCGCCAACAGUGGCCAUGGGAGCUGGACCUCAUGCUCCAGUGACUCGCACAACAACAUCCAGACCAUCCAGCACCUGAGGAGCUGGGAGACCCCACUGUUCGGGCCUGUGCUCUGCGAUUACCCCGGGGACCCCAUGGGGCCCUGGGCCAACAGGGGCCACCUGGACCACUUGAUUUUUGCCGAGGAUGGCCAGAAGGGCGACAGACAGAACCCAAUCGAAGAAAGCCUGGAGCAGGCGCAGUCCAGGGCCCGCUGGGCCUCUCCCACUGGCUCCAAGGACAUGUCCCUUGAGGCCGAGAAUGGCAGCAGCCUGGCGCCCGCGCCCACAGAGGAGCCCAAGGCUGGCCCUGUGCCAGCCCUCAGGGUGGCCACCUCGAGCGCUACCAAGGGGCUGGUCGGCAUAAACUCUCCGCAAGCUUUAAAGAAGAUCCUCUCGCUGUCUGAAGAAGGCAGUCUGGAGCGCCACCCAAAGCAGGCGGAGGACAUGCUGUCCAGCGCGUCCUCCAAGCUCUUGUCUUCACCCACAUCCCCGCAGAGCUCGCCCAAGAAAGGUUACACCCUGGCCCCCAGCUGGAGCGUGGACAACUUCUCCGACUCUGGCCCCAGCGAGAUCUCCUCUAGGUCCGGUAUGGUCAGAAACUCCUCCUUGGACUCGGUGCCCAUGGCCCUGCAGGAGGAGCGGAGGCAGCAGCACUCCGUGAGCCUGGUGGAGAUCGGCCUGGGCGUUGUCAGGGCAGAGCAGCAGACAGGCCCCAUGGGACAACCCCAUCCUGGACCCUCCUUGAGUACUCGUGGCUCCUUCUCCACAAACCAUGCCGACCUCCUGGCCCUCGUGGACCUGCGGACUGCCCUGUCCCCUACCACAGAGUCCUAUGCAGCCAUGGCCCUGGCCCAGGACGUGUUUGCCACAGCCAUGGUGCUCUCGCAGGACCAGGGCUAUUGCACGUCCCUGGAUGCCGCCAACAGUGGCCAUGGGAGCUGGACCUCAUGCUCCAGUGACUCGCACAACAACAUCCAGACCAUCCAGCACCUGAGGAGCUGGGAGACCCCACUGUUCGGGCCUGUGCUCUGCGAUUACCCCGGGGACCCCAUGGGGCCCUGGGCCAACAGGGGCCACCUGGACCACUUGAUUUUUGCCGAGGAUGGCCAGAAGGGCGACAGACAGAACCCAAUCGAAGAAAGCCUGGAGCAGGCGCAGUCCAGGGCCCGCUGGGCCUCUCCCACUGGCUCCAAGGACAUGUCCCUUGAGGCCGAGAAUGGCAGCAGCCUGGCGCCCGCGCCCACAGAGGAGCCCAAGGCUGGCCCUGUGCCAGCCCUCAGGGUGGCCACCUCGAGCGCUACCAAGGGGCUGGUCGGCAUAAACUCUCCGCAAGCUUUAAAGAAGAUCCUCUCGCUGUCUGAAGAAGGCAGUCUGGAGCGCCACCCAAAGCAGGCGGAGGACAUGCUGUCCAGCGCGUCCUCCAAGCUCUUGUCUUCACCCACAUCCCCGCAGAGCUCGCCCAAGAAAGGUUACACCCUGGCCCCCAGCUGGAGCGUGGACAACUUCUCCGACUCUGGCCCCAGCGAGAUCUCCUCUAGGUCCGGUAUGGUCAGAAACUCCUCCUUGGACUCGGUGCCCAUGGCCCUGCAGGAGGAGCGGAGGCAGCAGCACUCCGUGAGCCUGGUGGAGAUCGGCCUGGGCGUUGUCAGGGCAGAGCAGCAGACAGGCCCCAUGGGACAACCCCAUCCUGGACCCUCCUUGAGUACUCGUGGCUCCUUCUCCACAAACCAUGCCGACCUCCUGGCCCUCGUGGACCUGCGGACUGCCCUGUCCCCUACCACAGAGUCCUAUGCAGCCAUGGCCCUGGCCCAGGACGUGUUUGCCACAGCCAUGGUGCUCUCGCAGGACCAGGGCUAUUGCACGUCCCUGGAUGCCGCCAACAGUGGCCAUGGGAGCUGGACCUCAUGCUCCAGUGACUCGCACAACAACAUCCAGACCAUCCAGCACCUGAGGAGCUGGGAGACCCCACUGUUCGGGCCUGUGCUCUGCGAUUACCCCGGGGACCCCAUGGGGCUCUGGGCCAACAGGGGCCACCUGGACCACUUGAUUUUUGCCGAGGAUGGCCAGAAGGGCGACAGACAGAACCCAAUCGAAGAAAGCCUGGAGCAGGCGCAGUCCAGGGCCCGCUGGGCCUCUCCCACUGGCUGCAAGGACAUGUCCCUUGAGGCCGAGAAUGGCAGCAGCCUGGCGCCCGCGCCCACAGAGGAGCCCAAGGCUGGCCCUGUGCCAGCCCUCAGGGUGGCCACCUCGAGCGCUACCAAGGGGCUGGUCGCCACACCGGGCAGGCAUGAGCCUGGGUGCACUAGGGUUUGUGUCCACUCCGGUCUCGAGGGGUCCCCUUCUGCAAGGCAGCCAUGCUCAGAGGCCCAAAGCUGGCUGUGCAUGAGCAGCCCAACAGUGUCAGGGGUUGGACUGCUGCAGCCUGGUGCGGAACCCCUGCUUCACCUAACCGGGUUCUGCUUCCUUGCAGUGUGGAAGGAGGGCCUGUACCCAGAGCCACCUCCAACCCCGCCUGGCUACUUGGGCAUCCUGAUCACAGACUUCGAGGUGCCUCCGAAUCCAGCACUCCGGCCCCCAGAGUAUACUGUGGCGCUGCAGAGCUCAUGCAUGGUGGUGCGGCCCGCGGAGGUCUCAUCCUUGGCACCGGGCGGCAGACCACAGUGGCACAAGCCCAGUGAGGCUGAUCCCCAUCUGGCCCCCUGCCAGGAUCAGGGCUUCUGCAAGGAGGAAGAUGAGGAUGAGCAGGUGUCUGCCCUGUGAGGCCCAGGCCCGGGCAUCGAGCCACGCAGAGGAGCGCACAGAGGACAGCAUCCUACUUGGGCCUCAGAGCAGAGCUUGCCCUGCUACUGAGGACCUUCACUGCCUGCAGUGGGCUGUUGGCUGCUCCUCCUACCCCUUUGCAUGUGAAUACUGUGAAGACCUCACCAGCACUUUCCAGACUUUGUUGCUUGAAAUGCACAGAGCAGCUAUCUCCCAGUGUAGUGGGCCUUGCCCACAUAGCAUCAUUCCAGAUCCCGCAUGCUGGGGCCCACCGGAGCCGCUCCCUGGGCGCGCUCUCUGUGCCUGGAAGGAAGGCUUUGAAAGGCCUCCCUGUUGGAUCCUAGCUCAGCCCCAGAGCUCGGUGUCAUCAGGAUGAUAAGCAGAGCCUGCCACGGAGACCUGGGACCUCCAGCCCCCAGGAGAGGGACUGGAGACCCUUAGAGCGCAGUGCUUGUCCUCUUGUUUACAGUGCUCCUUUUGAAAAUGAGUUCCAAGAGUCAAGGUUAUAGCCCUUUGAUGAUUGCAGUAUUAUUUCUGAACCUCAUGUAGGUUGCCACCUGAGCUUCUAAAAACCCAAAUGUUCUGUCGGGACGCAGCCAGGUGAGGAUGGAAGGCCUGGCCCUUCCAGUCCAGCCUCUGCCCCCUGCCUCCUCCACGGCGGCAGGCCAUCCUCUGGCCAGGCCUUGGACCUGGAGUGUGUCCUGCUUCCACUGAGACAAGGUGGCAGCCCCUUAAGUUAUAUUUCUUUGAUUUUAGUUACUUUAGAGCUUCCGAAUUUUUUGUUUUGUUGUCUUUUUGAAGAAUAGCUUGUAACUGGAUAGCAUUCGCAGUGAGUGCAGCACUGGCCCUGGGACUGAUGCCAGCUGAGCUUCCUGUCCCCAGGGGCCG